UAAUUUAUUUUAAUAAUAUAUUAAUUUAUCCAAACCCAUUAAACUAAUUUGCAACUAUUUAAUUUUUUGUAGAACACUUUGGAACAUUCUAAUCUCAUUUCCUGUAUGUAAGCCCACCACCACCCAAAAAAGUUUUUGGGAGAAAUUGAGUCUGGAGGGCAAUAAUUAAUUUGUGAAUUGCCAUAAUUGACAACGUUUAUUUAUAAUCAUUUGAUUGAAUCUAUAAGUUCCAUUUGAUUAAUAUCAUACAGAUUAAGAGAUGUCGGACUCCAUAUCAAUCACCAUAAAGUCUUCAGGUGAUAAUAAAUAUGAAUUAACCAUUGAUCCAUCCAUAACAGUGUUACAAUUAAAAGAACAAAUCUCGGAAAAGGCUGAUAUUCCAGCUGAUCGUCAAAGAUUAAUAUAUUCCGGUAAAGUUUUAAAAGAUAAUGAAACUGUAGCAUCAUAUAAAGUUCAAACUGGUCACACUAUCCAUCUUGUUAAAAGUGCUGGUGCCAAACCUGCCAAUCCUUCAUCUUCAACUGGUUCUACCACAAGUGUUACAGGUAACCAAUCUACAUCUGCUACUCUGGCUGCUGCUAGUGGAGUUCCUUCAAAUAUUGCUUCUGGUCAAGGUGCAUUCAAUCCAAUAGCUGAUUUGACUGGUGCUCGUUAUGCCGGUUAUGCUCAAUUACCUUCUGCAUCAAUGUUUGGACCAGAUGGAGGGAUGAAUACUAAUCUUCCUGAUCCAGAACAAAUGUCCCAAAUGAUGUCAAAUCCAAUGUUUCAAGAAAGUAUGAAUGCUAUGUUAUCUAAUCCUCAAAUGUUAGAUUACAUGAUUAAUCAAAAUCCUCAAUUAAGAGCCAUGGGUCCUCAAGUUAGAGAAAUGUUGCAAAGUCCAUUUUUUAGACAAAUGUUACAAAAUCCAGAAAUGAUGAGAUCGAUGAUGCAAAUGGGUGGUGGUGCCGGUGCUGGAGGUUUCGGUGGUUUCGGUGGUCAACCUGGAGCUACUGCUUUCCCUGCUCCUGGUGCUAAUCCAACCCUUCAAUCUGAAAAUUCUACUUCUACAACUGAGAACACCACUAAUACUACUCCUGCUGCUGGUUCCACUCCAGCUAAUCCAUUCGCUGCUUUAUUCCCUAAUGGUAUUCCUCCUAUGGAUCCUUAUUCAUUUCUCGGAGCUGGCGCUGCCGGCGGUGCUCCUGCUCCACCAGCUGACACUCGUCCUCCUGAAGAAAGAUAUGAAAAUCAGUUGAGACAAUUGAAUGAUAUGGGAUUUUUUGAUUUUGAUAGAAAUGUAGAAGCUUUAAGAAGAACUGGUGGUAGUGUCCAAGGUGCCAUUGAAUAUUUGUUGAAUAAUUGAAUUAGUAUGAUUUAAGUAAUAAUAAUUAGCUAUAACUGCAAAAUAUAUAUAUAAUUGCGUUUUAUUGUCAGUUGUUUAUAUUGAUUGUUUGUAUUUUUUGUGUUGUUGCGAG